AUGUGGUUUCUAGAUAGUACUUGACAAAGCGGAGACCAGGGUUGGAGGCGUCAUCUUUGGCCUAUAAAAGCUGCUGCAAGAGGCCAAGACCACAAGCCACUCAGCUUAGGCCAGCCUACGAGUCUGCUCCUUGCUUCUCCUGCACUGGCUCUAGGCUCCAUGGCGCUCUGGUUGACUGUGGUCAUUGCUCUCACCUGCCUUGGUGGCCUUGCCUCCCCAGGCCCUGUGCCUUCUCACAAAGCCCUCAGGGAGCUCAUUGAGGAACUGGUCAACAUCACCCAAAAUCAGGCGUCCCUCUGCAAUGGCAGCAUGGUGUGGAGCGUCAACCAGACCGCCAGCAUGUACUGUGCAGCUCUAGAAUCUUUGCUCAAUGUCUCUGACUGCGGCGCCAUCCAAAGGACUCAGAGGAUGCUGAAAGCCAUGUGCCUUCACACUCCCUCGGCAGGGCACCUUUCCAGUCAGCGCAGCCAAGACACCAAAAUUGAAGUGAUCCAGUUGGUCAAAAACCUGCUCACCCAUGUACGGGGACUUUUUCGCCAUGGAAAUUUCACAUGA